GUUGGUUUAAUUUUAUUCUGAAAAUUUGUUUGUAUAUUUUUUUAAAUUAAAAAGUAUAGAAUAAAGACAAACAAUAGUAACCUUAGCAACCAAUCAUAAUGGAGAAUAUGACAGAAAGUUCAGAUGAGGAACAUAACAAUGAAGAUAAAGAUAAUAUAGAAUCAACAGAUUUUGUUAGCUUGAUAAAAGAAGAUGAAGAGUAUGUUGAUUUAACUCAUGCGCGACUUGGAAGAGUUCCUGAUUUAACUCAUGUUACUAAAAUAAAAAGUUUAUGUCUUCGCGAGAACUUGAUUAAAGAUUGGGAUGGAUUAUCUUUACUAACUACUCUUGAAUCUCUGGAUCUUUAUGACAACCUACUUACCAAUAUAAAAAGCAUUGAAACACUCACAAAUCUUAACUACCUGGAUGUGUCAUUUAAUAAAGUGAAAAAGAUUGAAAACAUCGACUUAUUGGUUAACUUGGAAAAGCUUUUUUUGAUUCGAAACAAACUUUCAAAGAUCGAAAAUUUAAAUAGUCUAACAAAAUUAACAUUAUUAGAACUUGGAUCAAAUAGAAUCAGGCAUAUUCAAGGAAUUGAAUGCCUUGUGAAUCUGCAAGAGUUAUAUUUAGGACAAAAUAAAAUUUCAAAGCUUGAAAAUUUAACAACUUUAAAGAAGUUGAAGAUUUUAAGUAUUCAGAGUAAUCGAAUCUUAAAGAUUGAAGGGUUGGAAGAACUUGAAGAUUUAGAAGAGUUUUACAUAAGUUUUAAUGGAAUUGAAAAAAUAGAAAAUCUCCACUGCAACAAAAAACUAAAAACUCUUGAUGUUGGCAAUAACAAGAUUUCUCUUAUUGAAGGGUUGGAUAACUUAAAUGAGCUCAAAGAAUUUUGGUGCAACGAUAACAAUGUCAGUGAUUGGAAAUGUACAGAUAUUUUAGCAAGACUUCCAUAUUUAGAAACUGUAUAUUUAGAACGAAAUCCUUUGCAGCUAAAUGAUCAGUCGGGUUAUCGACGUAAAAUAAAGCUGGCUUUGCCGAAGCUAAAACAAUUAGAUGCAACAUUGACUGGAUAGUUAUAGAAAUUAGUGAUUAACUGAUAACAAUUUUAAACACUUAUCCUUACUUUUUUUAAA